GUGAUUCCCCAAUUCCACAAUUUAUUGGGAAACUUUCCCACAACCCAUCUUUCGACUCACCUUGUAAUUCCUCUCAACCUACAUAAAAGGGUGCUGGACAAUCAAUUCCAGGGAAACAAUCCUCCCCCCAAACCAAACCUUCGUAUCCAGAUGCAUCUGUCUGCUUCUGUGAAGUCAUACUACCUUUGGUCUUUCUUACAAAAUCCCUGAUGUGGGGCGCAAGGAACACAUAUCGCACCCCCCACCUCAAAACAUAAAGAUCCGGCCUGAAUAGGCUCAUCAUGGAUCGCAGGAGAAAGCGCGAACUGCGCGACUUAAACACUCGCGCUUGGAAUGGCGAGAAAGACAUUUAUGCCGUGAACAAGUCACUGGAUUCAUCGCUCAAGAAGAACACAGCCUUUAUCAAGCGCCUUCGAACCGCAAUUUCAGCUGCGACCCUCAGCACCUUCCUACAAGAAAUUCGAACUCUUAGCCUACACAAAUAUCUCUCGGAAAUUAUAUCGGCUUGUUAUGAAGGGCUUUGCAGACUCAAGUCGCCGGGAGAGGUUGAGGCUGGUGUAGAAAUUGUCAGCGCAUUACAUCAGCGUUUUGGGCCGGCAGAAUUUACGGAGUUUCUGGGAUGGUUGGUAGGAAAGGGAUUAGCUACACCGGAAAAGUCAUUAUUGAAGAGUCUCGCAGCCGAAGCCCGGGAGAAGGAAGAAAAGGAGCGGAUUGUACGACAGAGAGUACUUUUGAGAGUUGUCACCGAGUUGUGGUUGGUGGGAGUUUUGAGAACGUUGGACGAUGUUGCUCGACCAGAUGACGCAUCUCACGGCAAGGAAUCUCUUUCAGGAUCGUCGAACAAGGCACCAGAUACUAAAGCGAAACCAAACGGAGUUGGAAAAGGAGGAGGUGCGGAACCAUUUCCUCUCGAAGUUCUCAAGGACCUUCUGGGCCAUGAUAGGGAUCAUGCGAACUUGCCCCUACUGGUAAUCUUUGUAAAGGCGUUUGGUUGGGACAUACUCGGUGUCAGAGAAGCUGGAUACGAGGGCAGAAAAACUGUAGAGGAAGACGGCACCACGAAGACAACGCUUGAUGCCACCGAGGGCGAAGGUGAGAAUGAGGAUGGCGACGAGAACGAUUCGGUGGAAGAGACGUCACCCUUAGUGGACUCAACCGAAGAUGCCCCUCUAGCUUCACUCGAACUCCAGGAGCGCUUCCGCAACAUCCUUAACCGCUAUUUUGAAGAUGUCAAGGCACAUAUCAUUCGUGAUCAGAAGGCUAUUGCUAAACAGGCCCGCAAAGACUCAGAAGCAUACGUCAAAUCUGGCCAAUUGUUUGAAGACCGCCAGGCAAAUUAUGAAAAGGCUCUCAAAGCGCAAGAACGACUUGUAUCGAACGCUCAGGUUCUCGCGGAAUCCAUUGGCGCAGAAAUGCCAGAUCUUAAAGAUUCCGAUGACUCUUCGGCCUUGGGCAAUGGAGGCAUUGGGCUUGUGAAGGCUGGCGAUUAUCUGAGAGGAGAAGGCGAGGGCGCAGGUAUCUGGGAGGACGAAGAUGAGCGGAGAUUCUAUGAAAAUCUAGUAGAUCUUAAAGGAAAGGUCCCGGGUAUGCUCCUCGAAGAUGGUAAAAAGAAGAAAACAGAUACGGAUGAGCAAGUGGGCAAAAAGGUCGAUACUUCCGAGAUCAUUCCCGCAGAGUCCACUGCGCCCACCGCGAAGACCACAGAUGACGACCAAUCCACGGCCAUUGCCAACAAAACCAUUGGCGCCCAGGUCGAUGCAUUACUUGCUAGACUCCCUGAUCUUACAAACAAAGACCUAAUUGACGAGGCUGCAAUUGACUUCUGUUUCUUGAACUCCAAAGCUUCUCGCAACCGUUUGAUCAAAGCUGUGCAAGAGAUUCCUAAGGGUCGUAGUGAUCUUCUGCCAUCAUACUCAAGACUAGUAGCAACACUGGGGAAGUACAUGCCUGAUAUCAUAAAAGGCUUGGUUGAUCACCUUGAUCAAGAAUUCCGCAGCCUUCAACGUCGCAAGGAAAAAGAAUUCUUAGGUCAAGCCCGACUAGGAAACAUUCGCUACUUGGCUGAGCUGACCAAGUUUGGCGUGGUUCCUGAGCAUGUUAUAUUCCAUUGCUUGAAAGUCAGUCUUGACGACUUCUCACGGAUGAAUAUUGAGAUCAUAUGCAACUUGCUAGAAAAUUGUGGUCGAUACUUACUUCGCAAUCCAGACAUGUCCCCUCGAAUGACAUCCUUCUUGGAAACACUAAAACGCAAGAAGUCGGUCCAACAUAUUGGCCAACAGGAGCGCAUGCUGAUCGAAAAUGCCGUUUACUAUGUAGACCCACCUUUGCGACCAACGAUCCAGCAAAAGGAGAGAACGCCAAUUGAUUUAUUCAUUCGCAAGCUUGUCUAUUCUGAUAUGACUACACGAAACUAUGCUAGGAUUAUCAGGUCGAUUCGAAGACUUCACUGGGAAGAAUCAGAGGUUGUCACUAUUCUCGAAAAAGUCCUUUCCAAACCCGGAAAGGUAAAGUAUGGUAACAUUUAUCUUUUGGCAAUUGUUACAAGUGCUCUCUUCCGUUAUCACCAAGGGUUUGUAAUCACAGUCAUUGACAAUGUAUUGGAAUACAUUAUCGUUGGUUUGGAGCAAAAUGAUUUUAAGUUCAACCAACGUCGGAUUGCAGAAGCCAAGUACCUUGGGGAGCUGUACAACUUUCGAAUGGUAGAUCAUCCUGUAAUAUUCGACACAAUGUACCGUAUCUUGACAUUUGGUCAUGGUGGACCGCCUGUCCCUGGUCGCACCAAUCCUUUCGAUAUGCCUGAUGACUUUUUCAGGAUUCGUCUUGUAGCAAUUUUAUUAGAAAGUUGCGGAGUUUUCUUUAGUCGUGGCGCGGCGGGAAAGAAACUUGAUUACUUCUUGUCAUUUUUCCAGUACUACAUUUAUACGAAAGAUCCUCUACCCAUGGACAUUGAAUUUAUCGUCAGUGAUGUUUAUGCAGCCACCAGACCUCAAUGGAAGCUUGCCUCAAAUAUCGAAGAAGCUAGUCGUGCGUUCCAAUUGGCCAUGGCCCAGGAUCAAAAGACUGCUGGCAUUGAGAAGGUUGUUGAACCAGAAGAGCCUGAUAGUGAGGCAUCAUCAGACGAAGGAGAUGCAGGCAUUCCGGAAGGAGAUAUCGACGAUGCUUCCCUCGAUUCCGAAGAAGAAACGGAAAUUGAUGCUAAUGCCGACAACUUAACAUCACCAACAGGGAACGAAUCAGAAGAAGAAAACUUCAAAGUCACUCGCCAGGAAGAAGAAAUUGAUCCUGAGGAUGAAGCCGAUUUCGAACGUGAGUAUGCUAAAAUGAUGGCUGAGAGUCUAGAUUCCAGAAAAUUUGAACGAAAAGCGACAUUCGAUGUUCCACUUCCCAUGAGACGCAAAGACCGUGAAGUCGCAACCUCGAGCGAAUUGCCUAGUGAGACUACCUCAGGAAAUGGUCCAUCCAGUGGUACAAUGGCAUUCUCACUUUUAACAAAGCGUGGCAAUCGACAACAGACUCGAACGGUAGCCCUCCCUUCAGACUCAAAUUUCGCAAUCGCUAUGAAAUCACAACAAGCUGCCGAGCGCGAGGAGCAACAACGCAUCAAGAAUCUAGUUCUGAAUUAUGAUCUCAACGAUGGCGAAGAACAAGAUGGUGACUCUGCACUGCAACCCUUACUCCCUAAUCCCAAUAUUCACACUUUCACUUCAGGUUUCGAUAAAAAUGCCACUACAACGUUCUCCAGAUCUGAUAAGUCUGGUAGUAACCGUAGUGGACAGAGGUCAAGAAAACUACAGCUUAGUGAUGUUGAUUGGUAUGGUCCCCCAAAAGAGUCUUCUCAGAAUCAAACUCCAGGAAAUGCCCUAAAAGAAGAGAAUCGUGAAUCCCGGAAUAUUCCCGAGUUGGACGUUGGGGUAACUUCAGUAUCUACGCGAAAAGUUUCCAAGUCAUACCCAAACCUCACUGUUGAAAGUAGCCCAAAUGAUAAAGGUUCCCCCAGAAAGGAAGAGAAUCUGCCAAUGAGAGAUACGCCUGGAAGUAUUUCCAAGAAGUUCCACCUGAGAUAAUAAUCUGGCUUUCAUUUCGGCAAUUUGGUAUUCUACUUUGAACAGUGGACAACUCAAAAAUUUUGCUUUUAUUUCUUCUUGCCAACAUUACUAAAACAACAAGGAUAGACGAGUGCUGACAUUUUCCCCUUUUUCCGGGGACCUCUUAAUAGGACAUGAUAAGUUUUGCUGUUAUCAUAUUCGCAUUUCAACCCCGAACUUUGACUUGGGGAUUUAGUUGCGGACACAUAAGUAUACACUUCUUCUCUGCCCGCUCGAUUUGAGGUUCACUGCAGUCUGUGAAUACUUCUUCUUCGGGUGUUCAUUCAUCAGGGGUAUGAUUCAAUGUGGCUCCUUGUCGACCGAGACACAAUCAUCAGCAAACAAGCAAUUCCGAUGAUGGUCGACGAGUUGAUGUUUGUCAAGGUGCUAACUAACCCCAGAGAAGCGGCAAAUCUAGCGGAGAUGGAGGAUCCUAGAGAUGAACUUCACAAUUCACUCGUCGGGAUGGAUGGGCGCUGAGUUGGUUGAUGGCGGGCAAAUAAGAAGUGACGUAGAUGAUGGUGAAGGAUCUUGAUGAAGAUAAGAGGAUUUGGUUGCCAAUCUCAUUUUCAUUCGUCCACUCUUUUGACUUGCUUACUCUGUUGCUGUUCUCGACAGACUGGCCCUCGCUACAUUCUUUACAUACGCAUGCAUGUUCAUGCCAUUCUCACUCUCUCAGGCCUUACUCCUUCCUCUUCCUCUUCGACUGAUGGAUGGAGCAUCACGGAUUGAGUGCGCAGAGAUAAGCAAUGAGAAUGCAUGGAUGGAUUUAGCAUACCCGUACAUCAGUCACAAUCAAUUGAGAAGCAUAGCACAUCGCA